AUGGCGCACUCAGCACAAAGCGCGCGCACGUCAUUCGAGAGCAGAGAGAAAUUGCAGGACACUCCGUUCACCUCUACAGCCCCCUCACUUUACAAUCCUGCUGAUAUUGAAGCCGCACAACCCGGUAUACCGGAUGGCGGUUUCGCAGCUUGGCUCCAAGUGGCUUGCGGCUUCUUCCUCUUCUUCAACUCCUGGGGUCUUAUCAAUGCCUUCGGGGUCUGGCAGAGUUACUAUACCACCACUCUUCUGCCCAGUAGUAGCAAUAGCGCGGUCUCAUGGAUUGGGAGCAUCGAAGCUUUCCUGCUCUGCUGCUGCACUAUCUUCGCAGGGCCACUGUUCGACCGCGGCUAUGUGCGCCUCCUGGUCUGGACAGGCUCGUUUCUCGUCGUCUUCGGUCUCAUGAUGACGAGUCUCUGCAACCAAUACUGGCAGAUCAUGCUUGCGCAAGGCUUGUGCAUGGGUAUAGGUGCCGGUGGGCUCUUCAUCACCAGUGUCGCCAUCAUCCCGCAAUACUUCACGACCAAGCGCGCUUUCGCCAUUGGCAUCGCAGCGUCCGGAAGCAGUCUCGGAGGCGUGAUCUAUCCCAUCGUCUUCUACCGCUUGCAGCCUCAGCUUGGGUUCGGAUGGGCGACGCGAGUGGUAGGCUUCAUGGCUCUCGGCACGCUCUUACUUCCCUGCAUCUGCAUCCGCGUGCGAUCAUUGCCGGCAACACCGCGCAAGCAGCUCGUUGACUUUUCCGGCUUCCGCGAAUUGCCAUUCUGCCUUUUCUGCUUGGCAGCUUUUGUCGGCUUCAUAGGCCUGUACGUUCCAUUCUUCUACAUCAGCGAAUUUGGCGCGACUCAAGGCGGAUUAAAUGAGAAUUUAGCAUUCUAUAUGCUUCCCAUUCUCUCGUCUGGCUCCAUCGUGGGUCGCAUACUCCCGUCCUACAUCGCAGACCACCUCGGCCCGCUCAACGUUCUCACAAUCUGCAACAUCAUCGCUGGUAUACUUGGAUUCAUCUGGAUCGCAGUUCACAAUAGCCUCGGUGGACUUGUAAUCUGGGCGCUGCUAUACGGAGCCUUCAGCGGCGCUUUUGUAAGCUUACAGCCUAGCACGGUCGUCAGCAUCACUGAUGAUAUGAGCGUUGUUGGAGGAAGACUGGGCAUGAAUACAUUUUGCGCGGCAUUGGGCAUACUGAUUGGCAAUCCGGUUGCGGGUGUCAUAGUCGCACAAGGCUGGAUUGGGUUGCAGAGCUUUUGCGGAGGCACCUUGCUCGCCGGUGCCGUACUGGUGGGCUUGACAAGAUGGUCAAGAGUGGGUUGGAGCCUGAGCCAGAAAGCGUAAGGACAGGCGGCUUUGGCCUUCCCCACCAAGGCAAGGAUACAGAACACCAUGAGGUUCAAUUUAGGGUACUUCAGUCUUGCUGCGUCUCUAUCGAACGACCUGGCUUGAAACACCACAUCGCAUUCAAUCAGCACUCGAUAUUUUGUCAGCUGGUUCGGACAUUGCAUCUCUGUUGGCGAGCAUUCAAAGCUUUACGGUUCAGCAGCGGCCACAUCACUGCCAUGGAUGCGCAGCGGUGGGAGUCCUUAUACGGCUUAAACAGAAAAACGUGCUAAUUGGGUCACCGUGGUAUCUUCGCACACGAAAGGGCGCAACUCCAUAACCACGCCAAACCGGCCCGAGUGUCAACCUACCAUUAACAGCUGAGCUCUGGCACUACCACAACGCUUGUGCUCCAGUGCACUUGCCAACAAUGCUCCUGGCUUGCGAAAAACGUGAGAACCG